CAUUCGUCAAGGUCGUGACUGAGCACUUGCAUGAGACCUCUCCGCAAUUCAUGGCGCGGCGGCAACGGUGAGCUUGCACGCCCAAUAUAAGCCACGGUAGAGCUUCCCAUAGUAGGAAAGAGAGCCGCAUUUUCUUGUAACAACCAACACGGAGUAACAGUGCCGGGUCCAGGCGAGCGGUUAGAUAAAUGGCCAUCCUUGUAGCGAUCCCUGUAUUCUCCGGGCUAAGAAAUGCGGGGAAGCUUGCCUCUCCAGGAACGGUCAACGGCCCGCACUUUAGUAGAUGGCCAUCCUGGACGGCCUUAUGAGCGCCUCGGAAGCGAUCAUUGCCAGGGAAGGCAUGUGAAAUGUGAAGAGCCUCGUUGCUGGUGGAAGACGGUAUAUCCCGAAUCGACGGUGAAAUCCUACUCGUGGAAUUUCAAUCACCCAGACUCAUGUACCACAAUGGCAAUGAUUUCAGCGCUGAGAGACUCCUCCUUUGAGCACAGCUCCGAAAGUAUGGUGUAUAGACGCAAGCCGAGGCUCUUCGACCGCUUUCGCGAAGGACUUGUUUCGGCGGUUCCUGGCCGACAGAUUCCAGCUGUGGUAUUUAGCCCGCCAGCUAUGCAUGUGCAUUCUGUUUCGGUUUGUAAUAUCGUGUGGACUGCGGCCGAUGAUGCCCUUCUCGGGCGUUGCGAAAAUAUUGUCGAGUGGUUUGGUGUGAAAACGGCCUGGGAUGGUCUCGAAAACGGCACGCAAUCCUUCAGAGUACAUGAACUACGCGGCUUUCUUUCUCAUCCGUCCGCGGCCCUGAUACUUCUUCUGCAGCAGAAGUUCAAGGCCUGAUGCGCAGGACGCCCUAGUGGAUUUGCUCAGCUCUUUCUGUGACGGGCGUUCCGGAAAGACAGAGAUUCUGGCCGUUUCUUCAGCAAGAUCUUCUGUCUGGUCGUCCGAAAC